CGUUACUGUACAGUCAGUGGUCUUUGAGGUGUGGUGAGUUUGCUGAAGUUGUCGACACAUUUUUCAUUGAGAGAAUACCUCAAGGUCAGCAUGUCUGUUUGGGACGACUUGGAUCUUCUUCUGGACUCACCGUCUUCCUUGACAGUGACGGCUACAACAAAAGGAACUAUCAAGGACAAACAGGGGUUCAAUGCCAGUGAGGAUGCUGCCGCAUUGCGAGAGGCCAUGGAGGGCAUUGGAACUACUGACAAAACCUUGAUUGAUAUCUUAACUCAGAGGAGCAACGCUCAGCGGCAGCUCAUCUGCAAGGCCUACAAAGAGGCCGCAGGAAGGACUCUUGUUGACGACCUGAAGGGGGACACUAGCGGAGAUUACGAGGAUGUGCUGGUGGCUCUGGUCACACACCCUGCUAUGUUUGACUGUCAUGAGUUCAUCAAAGCCACAAAAGGAGCAGGGACAACUGACAGCACUUUGAUAGAAUUGUUCGCUUCCAAGUCCAACCGGCAAAUUAAAUCUAUGUCUGAAGCUUACCUAGAAGAUACUGGGAGAGCAUUGAUGCAUGACCUCAAGUCAGAGGUGUCUAGUGACUAUGGUAAAACUCUUCUCAUCCUGGUAGAGGGGAAGCGAGAUGAAAGUACAAAUAUAGAUGCGGCUAAAGCAAAAGCAGACGCCAAGGCUCUUUACGAAGCGGGAGAGAAGAAGUGGGGGACAGACGAGAGCACGUUCAUAGAUGUGUUGUGCCACAGGAGUGUUCCUCAACUGAGGCAGACUCUGGUGGAGUACAAGAGCGUCAGUGGGAAGACCCUGCAGGAGAGCAUUGAGAGUGAGAUGUCAGGGAAACUGGAGGAGCUGCUGGUGGCCAUUGUGAAAUGUGUGAAGAGUGUACCGGCAUACCUGGCAGAAAGACUCUAUAAAAGCAUGAAGGGGAUGGGCACCACUGAAUCCACGCUUACCAGGAUAAUAGUAGGACGCUCUGAGAUCGACCUGAUGGACAUCAAGGCCGAGUACAAAAAACUGUUUGGUGGCUCGCUGUACUCUGCUAUUGAGUCAGACGUCGGGGGCCAUUACGGCGACUGUCUGAAGAUGAUCUGUGGCGCUGAUGACUAGCUCCAACCACCGAUGAGCCCGGUGGAUGAGAAACUCCACCCCUCAGAGGAGGAUGUACUGUAUAGCUGCAGAGCAAUCAAGCCUGAUGCAAUGCCGCCCUCCACAGACACUACUGCCUAGUAAAUCUGAUCUGCACACACACACAAGAUGAUUCAUGGCAAUAAAAUGUGAUUAUAAAAAAAAUCUUUUCACUUGCUGCACAAACCAAAGCUUGUAAAAUGCAUUUGACAUUUCUGCAUGAAUGUGCAAUCUCUGCUUUCUAAAUCCAUGCUGUGUGCAUCUGUCCCAGUCCAUAAGAUUUGUGAUUGCUGGACUUUUGCCUGUUGUGCUCAAUAACAUUAAUCUUAUAGAAUCAUGUCUUGGCUUCUUAUUUUUCCUUGCUCAUGUCACGCUCUCCCUUGGCUGCGCUGCUAAUUUGAUUGGCUUUUCCUUCGAGCUUUCAUCUGAAGAUGGUGCUGAAAGCAGCUUUUCUGUUUUGUGAAAGAUCUAGAAUUGUCUGAUCUGGGGUCAAGAGUGUGUACUAACAGGAUAUGUGGUUGGAUGAAGACAUAACGGAGUUUUUGCUUAUGUGUGUGUACACAUUUUGAAGGUUUCCUCUUUUUUGAAUUCAUCUCAUGGGUUUUACCCAAUUCUAAACCCUGCCCUCAAAUGUCCAAUUUCUUCACUUCCUAUAGUAUACUCAUCUGUUAAUCUGGUAUGCAACAGCUGUUGUCAAUCCCUGUCCUUUCAGUUGGUACUAUUCUGCUGUCCAGAUUUCUAAUUCAUCUUCAAAAGGAAGAGACUUGCUCAGAUAAUACCUUAGAUAUUA